AGCAUAAAAUUCUUCGAGCAAAAAAAAUCAUUCGCAGUGAGAAGUGAGAGAAAGAUAUUUCUUGGAUUCCCAUUGCCACGGGCAUUUUGCUAUGCUUCCAAUCAAUUUAGUGAAGGAGAAUUGUUAGAAAACAAAUUUUGCCUGCACUGGUGUGAAUUAUUAUUUGAACCCAGACAUCCAACAUUUGUGUGCGUUUUACAGUGAAGUCCCUGCGCAAUGGCGCAAAUGUUGUCUUUUGCACUGUGAAGAAAAGAGUCAAAUGCUACUUGCGUUGUAUUCGUCUCACUUCUUUAGUCAAUACAUAGCCACCACCUCAGUCAGUCUAGUUGUGACAUUUCGUGAUGUGAGAAUUGAAUUUUGGUUAUGCUAAAAGUGCUAAAAUUAACAUAAAAAUCAUGGAAAGUGAGGAAAAGAAAAUUGCAAAAGUUCUCAAAGAGAUUGGAUUCUCUCAUUUGCUGCAAUAUUUUAUUGAUGAAGAAUUUACCCUUGAAAGUUUUCGCCUCUUGACGUUGGAUAUUGUGAAGGAAUUCCUCCCGAAAGCCGGGCCUCGGGUACUAUUCUGGAGCAGAUACACGAGAUACUUUCAAAAUGAGCAGCGAAAAACUAAGAGCAUACCGUCUGUACCACCGGCUGCAACUGCCUUUGAAAGCGAUAGUGACAAAGACAGUGAUGAUCCUCUAAGUGAUCCAUUGAGUGAUGCAAACAUUGAAUUUACAUUUGAAUUACCCACAUCUACGCAAAUUGUUAAAGAGGAACCAAGAGUGUUAGAUGAAGAAUUGUUUGAGAAUUUAUUGGAAUCUGCUACACUCAUUCCCACACCUCAAACAACACCAUCAACAAGCUUGAAUUUAAGAAAGUCUACGCCUUCAACGAGUACGAAGAAUUCAAGUACAGUAUGUACGGUAGCUCAAUAUGCAGGAAGUAAGAGCGUGAAGGAACAUUUGAACACUGCUCAAGGGGCUCUGUUGCGCAAUAAAUACAAAAAGCAUCAGACAUUUGAUGAUCGAGAUCGGGGUUUACUGGCCAGGAUGAUUGUUUACAAAGAAUACGAAUCUCUGGGCAUUACUCCUGCCCAGAAAUUCAAGCUAACUAAUGAACGUUUGAAGUUUCUUGCUGAGGAAAUAGCGCAGGUUUUUCCCAAUGAAAAUCCCGAUACUUACUAUUUUCCAUAUAAUUCAGCAACGAGAGCUAAAUGUACUGGGAAGUUGUGGCAUUGUUACAAUGCAUUCAAAAGACAACUCAGGAUGUCCAGGGUGGAUACAGUUAUACCUGAGAGCAAUGAAGAUGAAUCCCCGGCUGCUCAUUCAAUUCUCGCAAAUUCAAGCAAUUCCGAGGAUAUCCUGGAAGCGUGGAAGCAGACACUUAACUUUCGUCGACAAUUCCUUAAUAAUCCCGAUAAUACAGUUGAGGAUUACUUCAAGAAGUACCCAAUCCUCGAGUCACCUGAAAGCUAUCAACUACUCCUGGAUGACUUUAACACCCUCUACCCGCGUGCUGGUAAUAAAUUCCUGGAGAAGUGGCCGGACGUGAAUAGAAAAUUAGUGAACAUUGCUCGGUUUAAGCUUAACAAGACUGAAGUCGCCAAGAUUGAGAAAGGAACCCCGGAAGAGUUGCAAGGAUUCCUCUUUCUCCCAUACUUGCUACCAAACUCCUAUCUACCGCGGAAUAAUGAGGGGAAACGUGUUCGACUGUGUCGUUCUGAAAUUGAGCAAUUCCUCAUUUUAUUCAUUCAGGACGGAUAUGAUGUGCCAUCAGUUCUCAGGAGGGAAAAUGAUAAAUACAAAAAGCAAUGCAUUCCCAUACGCCCACGAUUGGUAUUCGUUGGAAAAUCCUACUUAAAAAUAACUCGUGCGUUUGUUGAAGUGAACAUGGCGCUGUAUAAGAUGGAGGAUCCAUUGACAGCUAUUGAUGCAUACGUGAAAAUUGCCUUGGCAUUGAAUGAGCAGUACGCUUGUGGAGCAAAUCCAAUUUGGACAUUCAUCCAACAAUAUAUUUUUGAUAUAAAAUCAGAACGCGAUUCUGUCUACACCUCAGUCAAUGUUCUCCUGAGCGAGAUUAUAUUGCCGAAAUUUGAUUAAUUUUCUUUCUUUUUUUUCUGAAUAAAUAUCCAAUGAAAUCCAUGACAAA